AUGGAAAGACCCGAAUUUGACAGUUUCGACGUUGAAUGUGAGAGGGAAGCGAUCGGAUCGUCGGUCAAAUCAAUACGAGCAAUACUCGAGACACUUUACGCCAAGCCUGGUCUGGUGACUGCGUACGCAAAGUUCACCAAUGUCCCACCAGAUGUCGCCGAGAAGAAGUUCAGAAAGGGCUGCCGACAAUUGUACGACGCCGCAACCCGGCUUCUGAUUGUCACUGUACUAGGGCUGGCUCACCACACUGCUGCCGGGACAUUUGCCUGGUUCUUUACUAUAUCUUGCCAAACAGCUAGAAUAGAGCUUGUUGCUCCAACUGCAUCAGCAAGGGUAUAUGGAGCACAAGGCUACAAAGAGCCAGACGGCUCAUGGUCCCCAGAAGAAGUUCCUGCCGGUCGAAAUCCUAUUUGGCCGUCGGUAGUCCUCGAAGUAGGAUUGUCUGAAUCGAGAAGAAAACUCCGUGCGGACGCUGCCUGGUGGCUGACGAACUCUGCGGGCCAAGUUAAUGUGGUCAUCCUUAUCUUCAUCAAUCGCGCUGUAGCGGAGAUAGUAUUCGAAUCCUUGGUACUUCAGCAACCACCUACAUCCCUGGACCUCCGCAGCGGUCGACGACAAUGCCAGCUUGAAACCCGGCAGUCAAUCACGGUCACCCGGCCACCAGGCGGUGUCAAUCAACCCAUCACCACGUCGCCAGACACGUUGCCUUUCACGAUCACUUUCGAGGAACUCAUGUGCUGUUCGCCACUCCCACCCGAGGCAGACAUGGCGAUCCCGAUUGCGGCCCUAGAGGGGAUUGCGAGGAAUGUUUGGAAGGCUCAGGGACUUUGA